AUGUUUUUCGGCGACUUCGGCAUGGGCGGAAUGCCUGGAGGCAUUCCGCAUCACCGGUCUAGGGAGCCUGUUGACAACGAAAAGUUGUACAAAACGCUGGGUCUCUCCAGGGACUGCUCGGAGGGAGAGAUCAAGAAGGCGUACUACAAACUCGCUAUCAAGCACCACCCGGACAAGGGAGGUGACCCAGAAGUUUUCAAGGAGCUUUCCAGAGCCUACGAGAUCCUUUCGGACCCCGAGAAACGUAGGAUCUACGACGAGCAUGGUGAGGAGGGCCUCGACGGCAACUUCUCCGCCGGCGACGCCACCGAUAUUUUCGACCUCUUCUUCGGCGGUGGUCGCAAGCCGAAGGGUAAAAAGCGUGGCGAAGACGUGGUCACGCAGCUCAAGGUCACCCUCGAGCAGAUCUACAACGGUGCUAUGCGUAAGCUGGCCAUAAACAAGGAGAUCAUUUGCGACUCCUGCGACGGUUUGGGAGGCCCGCGUGAGGCUUUGAUUUCGUGUGCCCACUGUGGUGGACGUGGUGUUCGCGUGCAGAUCCGCCAGAUGGGUGCCAUGAUCCAGCAGUCCCAGUGCGUCUGCAGCGCCUGCGGCGGACAGGGCAAAUCAAUCGACGACUCCAGAAGGUGCAAGAACUGCUCGGGCAAGGGUGUGCAGCCCACCAAGAAAAUCCUGGAGGUCCUCAUCGAGCGUGGUGUGCCGGACCAGCACAAGGUCACCUUCCACGGCGAGGCCGACGAGAGGCCAAACGAGAUCCCCGGCAACGUGGUGUUCAUCAUCUGCCAGGUGCCGCAUGAGGAAUUCAAGCGCAGCGGCUCUGACCUCAUCAUGGUGAAGCCAAUCAAACUAUACGAGGCGCUGACCGGAUGCAGCUUCAACAUCAAGCACCUGGACGGACGCAUAGUACGCGUGCAGACGCCGCAGAACGAGGUGGUCAAACCGGGAUCCAUGUUCGUCGUCGAGAACGAGGGAAUGCCCGUCUACAAAAGCGCCUUUAGCAAGGGCAACCUGUACAUCACCUUCGAGGUCGAAUUCCCCGUGGGACGCGUGUUCUCCUCCCAGGAGAAGGAUAGGCUGCUGCAGCUGUUCCCCUGCGACAAGCAGCCCGCAGACAAUCUCGCUAAUGUGGAGAUCGCACAGGCGCAAGAGGUGGACCCGGAGGAAUUGCAAGAUCGGAUCCGCGCACAAAUGCAGGCGGAGCAAGAGCGGGAGGAGGAGCACGACAGCAGCCGUGUCCAGUGCAAGCAACAGUGA